GCAAAUCUCAGAAAUCAUCUCUGGGAAGAUGAAGCUUCCAGAAGCAGCAGCCUGGUUCAGAACCUGCUUGUUUUAAGAAUACCUGGGAAUUUCUACCCCUGUUUGCCUAUUCCAGCGUACAUCAGAGGACCAUGAGUUAUUUUUGUUUUUUGCAUAUUUUCAUGCUGUGUAACAAUUUUUCUUCCUUCUCAUUUUGUUCAAUGGGAAAAACUUGAGCCAAUUGUGUAGCUGAUUCUUACUUCGCUACAUUCCUCUUGCUGAGCCAAAUUCUUUGAAACCACAUCCACAAGACAUUUAUUUCUGUGUUGUUUGGUGUUUUUUGGUGUUUUGUUUUCUUUUUUCCUUUUUGUGACAUAUGUCACUUUUUGGGUGACUUUACCUACCACGGUUUGAACCUGUCCUUUUGUGUUGCUGGGUAGUCCUAGAAUCACUCGAGGAGCUAACUAAUUCCAGACUUACAGAAGAUGACUCAUAUGCUUCAGAAACAUUUUUAUGGCUGUGCCUGGCUCAUUAAUACAGGAGUUUAACAGUAGUAAUAUGAGAUAUUGCAUUAAUUGUUGCAUACAUCUACUACCAAAUGACUUGCACAGACUGUGUUUCAGAUGCCGUGGACCUAAUCAUAACAACCAGAAGUGUCCUGUUUGCAAAGGAGAAAACAAGAUCCCUUUGUACACCGACAGCAAGCAGAUGAAGUUGCUCGCAGUUUGGGAAGUACGGACUGAUCACAGGGAAAGCUGGAAUGGCUUUUUCUGCUUGAGGAAGGGGAAGCUAUGCAGCCUAAUAUUUGGGUUGAUUAUAAUGACUCUAGUGAUGGCAUCCUACGUACUGACUGGAGCCAAACACGGCCUGUUGUUAAUACCAUCUCCCUUCCAUUACGGAGCUUUUACUAGCAAUCCAAGCUUAAUGGACAAUGAAAGCCUUAGUGACAUGAAAGACCAUUACCAGCCUUCUAAAAUGAAUAUUUCAUACAUAAAGGACUAUCCAAGCAUUAAAUUAAUUAUUGACACUAUUACUUCAAAGAUAGAGUUUGUGACGAGACAGCGCCCUGAUUUAGAAGAGCUGAGGAAACAAGAGCCACAUAUGUUUUCAGUAAUUCCUAACAAAUUCCUUCCAAAUAGCAAGAAUCCUUGUUGGUAUGAAGAGUACAGAGGAAACACAACCACAGAUCCUUAUGCAACGAACUCCUAUGCACUGUAUUCAAAGCGCUUUCGAACCAUCUUUGAUUACCUCAGGAAGGUAUUUUGGAACCACUUGUACCAUUAUAAGGACAAACACUACCGCCUGCGCUGCCUCCCCCAUUUCUACAUCAUUGGCCAGCCCAAGUGUGGGACCACGGACCUGUAUGACCGGCUGAGGCUGCACCCCGAUGUUCGCUUCUCAGCAAUCAAAGAGCCACACUGGUGGACAAGAAAGCGGUUUGGAAUCAUUCGUCUGAGGGAUGGGUUUCAUGAUCGCUACCCGGUGGAAGAUUACCUUGAUCUGUUUGACUUAGCAGCGCAUCAGAUUCAGGGGGUGCUGCAGAGCGAAGCGGUUAAAGAGCGUGGGAAGAUGAACAGCAUCAUCAUCGGGGAAGCCAGCGCCUCGACGAUGUGGGACAACAACGCUUGGAUUUUCCUUUAUGACAACAGCACCGAUGGAGAACCUCCCUUCUUAAUCCAGGAUUUUAUCCAUGCCUUCCAACCGAAUGCCAAACUCAUCAUCAUGCUGAGAGACCCUGUUGAAAGGUUGUACUCAGAUUAUCUGUACUUCGUGAGUGCUAAUAAAUCCGCGGAAGACUUUCACGAAAAAGUGGCAGAGUCGCUGCAGCUGUUUGAAAAUUGCGUGUUGGAUUACUCGCUGAGAGCCUGUGUCUACAACAACACCCUGAACAAUGCCAUGCCCGUGAGGUUACAGGUUGGGCUCUAUGUUGUGUAUCUUUUGGACUGGCUGACAGUUUUUGACAAAGACCAGAUACUCGUUCUUCGCCUGGAGGAUCAUGCAUCAAACGUAAAAUACACCAUGCAUAUGGUGUUCCAGUUUCUGGAGCUGGGCCCUCUAAGUGAGAAACAAGAAGCUCUGCUAACAAAGAAUCCUGCAUCAAAUACUAGACGACCUGAAGACAGAAGUCUGGGACCUAUGCUACCAACAACAAAGGCAAUUUUAAGAGAUUUCUAUAGGCCUUUUAAUACAAAACUGGCACAAGUUCUUUUUGAUGACGCUUUUUUAUGGAAGAGGACAUAAUAUGUAAAUUUAGUGCCACAAAUACAGUGCUUAAAGGAGUUUUUAUUUUUUUAAAUUCUAUUUUUGUGCGUGGAUAUUUACAUUUUCCCAUUCCAAAGAGAAGCCGAUUGACGAGCUGAGACUCUCACCUUCAGUCAGCGCAGUUCACAACAGUUAAACCACAUUUUCCUUGUGAGAACGUAAAGCAUCUUGCUUAUCAGUUUAUUGCAACUUCUUUUACCCUGGCAAAAGAGUAGAGUGGAAAAGCAUUAGUACAAAGAUGAUGUCUUACACUCUCCACAGGGCUGUUGAAGUUUAACCUUCUCUAAGAGGCUGCAGCACAGCAUUAGCGUUGGUUUCCUACAAUUACGCUUAUAAUCUCAUCUUCAAUAUAUGUUAUUCAUUCAUUUUUUCAAACUAUCAAUGUCAUUUAGUCAUUAAAAUUUUCAAUUGAAUUCAA